AUGUCAGGUGUAGAAGCGGCGGCUGGUAUCAGCCUGCUUUGCAAUAUCAUCCAGAUCGCCACUUUCUUGAGAGAUGUUAUCACCGCGUACAAGAGCAUCGAAGAUAACCACACGCCGGAUCCUCGCCUCGCGCAGAUGUGCGAGGCAGUUCGGGGCCUUUAUGGGCGCGUAUUCGAUGAAGUCAAUGAUGAGAGGCCCCUAAGACAAGGACAACAGGCUUUGGUAGACGCCGCGCAGAAAUGUGUAGAACGGACCGAGGAACUCAAUCACAUGGUGUCUCGGUUGGCGGUCCGCGAAAACAGCCCUCGACUUCGAAAGACGAUGACAAAGAUUAGCCGCAGUGUCUUAUCGAUGUGGCAAAAGAAGGACCUCGAGGCCCUCGAAAAGGAUCUGGGGAGGUACCAAGGCCUAGUCGACACUCAACUUCUCCUCCAUUUAUCUAGCCAGACCCGGUCCUCGGAGCAACAGCAUCUCAAAUCUUUCUCCAGGCUUGACGAUCGGCUUAAGCAAGUGUUAGAGUCCUACGAAACAGAAAACUCUACCAUUCAACAAUUCAUCCUAACGGAAAACGGACGGAUAAAGACAUGUGUCACCGAGACAGGCUCAGACAUAACCCGUCAACUAGCCACUGUAGAGUCAGCAAUUCGGUCCGACAUUAAUAAGGUCGAGAACAACCGGUUGGAUGAAAGGUCAAAAGCGGAGCAGGAAAAGCGGCACAAGCGCCUACUUGAGAGCCUCUAUUUUCCAGAGCGCAACGCAAGAUGGAACAGGAUCGAGGAGAAUUACCCGAGAACUUUUAGGUGGAUAUUCUCCACCCCUGGAGAUUCUCUAGAUGAAAUGGAGGAAGAUGAUAGCGACGAAAACGAGGAAGACGAAAGCGACGAAGAUGAAAUCUCUCUCGCGGAUGUGGCGACCUUUGUUCCCUGGCUCCGAUCCGAUUCUAAAAUGUUCUGGAUAAGCGGCAAGCCCGGUUCAGGCAAGAGCACCUUGAUGAAAUAUAUCAUCACCAGCCCAGAGACUUUAGAGCAUCUCCAGGAGUGGAAUCCGGAUGUACGGCUUAUUCAUCACUUUUUCUGGAAGCCAGGCGUUCCCAUGCAGAACUCGGUCGAUGGGAUGCUUUGCUCCCUACUCUACCAGAUGCUAGAACACCAACCCUCUCUUGCUGAAUCUUUCAGCGGAAACGGCUUCAACUCCACGUCAAAAAAGACUUACCAUGACUGGUCGACGAAGGAGCUGAGAGAAGCCCUCUUCCGCCUGUUAGGUACGGCCAACACUCACUUUUGCAUCUUCUUGGACGGUCUUGACGAGGCGGUUGAACACUUGCGCAAGUUUGAUAUCAAAUCGUUGCUUGAUGAGUUGGCGGAGCUGGACUGUGUGAAGACAUGCGCUUCAAGCCGACCGGAGCCAAAAUUUAUGACAUACUUCGUCGACACUGAUCAACUCGCCGUUCAUAAUCUGACACGACUAGAUAUUGAGAUGCUAGUCCUCGAGCGCCUUGAGAAUAUGCAGAUUCAACCAUAUUUUCGACAGCAUCUAGCCCACAUCGUGGUAGAGAGAGCGCAGGGCGUCUUUAUGUGGGUUAUCCUCGUGCUGAAUAGUAUCCAAAUGGGCAUAGAAUGCCAGGAGACACCCAAGGCGUGCUUGCAGAGAGUGUCUCGUAUGGAACAGGAUCUUGAUUCGUUGUACAGAGAAAUGUGGACUCGGGCAACACACCACGGGAUAGACACCAGCACGGCAAUACUCUAUUUCGAUCUGGUUGUCGGGCGCCGUCUUUUCUUUGAGGAGACGAAAUUCUCCAAGGUCAGUCUGCUCGAGCUGGCGAUGAUGGCUGACGGAGGCGGCCUUCUGGAAUCUUCCUUCGAAAACAACAGUGUAUUAACAGCAGAAAACCUGUUGGAACUAGCUGAGAAGACAAUGAAGCAGAUUGAGGUUGGAUGUGCUGGGCUAUUGGAAUGUACACCAGAAUCAGCCCUCGACUCAUUCCAAGUCCGCUCGGACUCCAAAAAACUCGGCGAAUAUGGCAAGAUCCAAGUCGACUUCACGCACCGAACAGUUUUUGACUUCUUUACCGAUUCGGAAUACGGCCGGAGCAUACUUUCAAAAUCGUCUUUGACUGACGAAGAAUGCUUCAUGAGGACCCUGAAAGCCAUUAUGCUUGAAUGCCGCUACCUCGAUAUAAUAGCGACCGGAAUUUUUGCCGAGGACACUGCUGGUACCGUAAUGAAAAGUACCACCAUUAUGGAAAUCGUCAAAUGCGCUCAAAACUACGAAGCGGAUCGUUCGGAAACAUUGGAGGCUGCGGACUGGAUAAUCCAAGUUUUGUGGAAGUGGCACCUGGAGGGAUAUUGGUCUGAUAACAACAGUACGGCGACCGAGAAGAACUACUUUUUGCCAAAAGAGCCCGCUAAAAUCCAUCUCCUCAAAUUUGUGGAAGCGCUGACAGCAUUUUACCCAAGGAUGGCCUGCAAAUUUAUUCAGGACUUGCAGGCCUCUGACCUUCCUGACUUGCUUCCGAUGAUCCUAUACAGAGCCUGUCCGGACAAGCCUCCUGGUAGCGGAUACGACGGGCAACGCGUCGUUCGACAUGCCCUUUCUCUGUUUAGAAAACUCAGCGACAACGGAGAAUCUACCAUACAGGGAGGGUUGAGCCAAACCAUGAGUCUAGCCUUCUCUUUUCUACUGCGGCAAAUGACUCUUAACCUAGACGAAACCCAUCAACAGGGCCGGCUAUUGGAUCGAUACCGAAAUCCAUUACGCAGUGCAGUUGUCACCAUCGAGUCAUUCGCGAAACUGGAAACUUUCGAUCAUCCUUGGGACCAAAGCUUCCUCUUGAUGUUAGGUUUCGACUUCGAGAGGGGCUUGAUUAAGUGGGACGUAACUGUAGACGACUACGAACUCGCGUCGAUGGUGACCGUCCUUUGA